UCUUUCUUUGAUCAGUUAUUCUACACCCUCUUCAUAACAAUAUAUUUUAAAAUAAAUAUUUAAAUUAAAAUUUAAAACAGUUCAUACAUUUAAAUAACAGCAAACUACUUUAAUACCCUCGAAAAUGAUGUUUGAGGAAGAUCUGUAAUUAUCGUUCUCAAUUACUGAAUUUGUGCGAAGCUAAUUAAAUAAAGUGUUUAGGUGUUUGCUAAUUAAGGACAAUCAUAUAUAAAAAGGAAAAUCUGAUUGACAAUAGAACAAACACGGAGUCAUUUCAUUUAUUGAAGCCCCAUGGGGGUUGACACCGAUGCAGUCCCCGUUGGACUGCUGCAACAAUGGGCAAUUGUUUUAAAAGUUGUCUACCUGAAUCAGAUACCUCGAGGGCACUGCGAAGUUUUAAUAUCCUCAACAAUCAAAAUGACGAAGUCAGCUUCACCUUUCUUGUGGAAGAUAACAUUUCUACAAGCGACGAUAAUAAAAGAAGUUUUCUAUCACGUUUUUUUAAAAAAAGAAAUGACAAGAAAAAGCCAGUAUUGGAAUUGGUUGAUGGUUUAUUAAAUCCUCAGCUUAAUUCAUAUAGCAGAUUGUCGGAAUCCCAACGUUUGUCAUCUACUGGAUCUUGUACAAGUCACGACAUCCAACUACAAUGUUUGGAUGCGAGAGCUUUGCUGCAAAGAACAGCAACCUCGACACCAGCAAGCUCCAUAGAUUUGGAAUGGGAGCACGAGACCCUUCCUGUUUCUAUUAUUAACGAUCCGUCGGGAAGUUCAUGGACCGCUAUUCCCGAGGACAUAUCUCAGUGUCCUAGCACCACUAGUCCGCAAAACACGGCACCCGCACCUAAUAGUGACUCGGAUUGGUCGAGAGUUUCAUCGGCUAACUCUCUCGAAUGGGAUAAUGUCCAAAACUCCAUACGUGCUAGCCCCCCUCUGUCAGAGGUCGAUACUGACACUCAGUUUCUUCUUAGUGAGAUCGAAAGACUAACAAAUAAAACUUUACAGGAAACUGGCCAGGAUCUGUUCAGCUGAGGUUGUAUAAAUA